AUGGCGGACAUGGAAGAGCACCCGCCCCCUCUGUACAUAGGAAAGACUCAUUCUAAGGACACACCUGGAAAAGACCGAAGGGUUUCCAGACUCCUUCUCCAAACUCCACUCCACCUCCGCCUACCUUCAGGGACCAACCACUUCAGUUGUCCUUGCAGGGUAUCAUAUGCUGCUCAGCAAACAGGUUUGAACGAAGAGCAGAUCAUUGAGCUCACGCCAAACGUCACAGCAGUCCUGGGAGAGGAUGUUUACCUGACCUGCAGGUAUCUGGGCAAGACUGAGAUCCUGGGAGCUGAGUGGAAAAGCCAGAUUAACUCUAAAAUUAGAUCCAAGAGAGUUGCAGGAUUUUUUAAUGGCAAGCCGUUUGCCCGCAAUGGUUUCUCUGAACCAGAGUCUGUCACCAACCUCACAGUUAAGGUGAAUAUCUCCAGCGUUGAAGUAGAGGGAGAAUACACAUGUGAGUUUAAAUCACUGGAAGAGGAUUAUAUUGUCAGUGUAUUCCUCACUGUAGUAGCUCGACCUGAUAUCCAGAUCCUGGUCAAUGCAGAGACCGUAAACGGCUCUCACUAUCAGUCGGUGUUGUGCUCUGCUGUCGGUGGCAGACCUCGGCCUCAAAUCAGCUGGUUAGUCAAUGGCCAUCCUCCCGCAGAUUAUCUUUUCACUGUGGACGUGAUCGAUACUAUUCACUCGAACGGAACCUCCACCCUGAGCAGCAUCCUCCGCUUCCCCACCCACCUGCAAGAUGAGGACAGUGUGACCUGCGUGGUCCAACACCCAACCCUUGCAAACCCCAAACUCACCACAGUGAGGGUGGAAACAUAUGCCAAGCCAAAUGUAACCAUUAAAGAGGAGAUGGUACAGCAAGGAGGAAGUGAUUUCUGGGUGGUCUCUUGCAUUUCAUCUGGAGGGAGACCUGACACUGACAUCUUCUUGGCUUUGGACACCGAUGAAGAGCUGCGGAGAGAGAACUACACAGACUCAGACAUACAGACAAGCUCAGUCGUCCUGCCUGCAGCAGACUAUGAGGGGCACAGUGUCACCUGUGUGUUUGACCACCCCAAAUUUACACACAAAGUGUCACGGGUCAUAACGCUGCCAUCUUUUAAUUUGUCAGUUAGCUUGCUGAACUCAGAUGUGGGAGGCAACACUGAUGAUUUCCAAGACAAUGAAUCUUUAGAGCUGCCGGAAGGACAGAGCAACACCAUCAUCAGCCUGCAGGUUGAUGGGAAUGUGCCACGUUACAAUCUUACCUGUGAAAAAGAUGGUGGGCUCUUGCCUGAGGAUAUGGAGGUGGUUGGCAGCAGCCUCACAAUUCAGGGUCCAGUAGGACAUCAGCACGUCGGCCUGUACGAAUGUUUUGCUUCCUAUUACCAUCUUCAAGCAAUGUUGCAGUUCAAUGUCACAGUUAAACCUCAUGUUAUACAGCUUGUUCCUCCCACAAUACGAGUUGAUUUGCAGACUGAAGAUGGACACAGGGUGAUUGAGUGUUCAGCAGCUGAUGCUGUUCCUGUAGCCAACAUGUCCUGGCUUCUACCAGAGGGUGUGUCUGGAGUCUCUUGGUUCAAUUUCACUUCUCAUAAUGGAAGCCACUCUGUCAAGGGAGUUUUACUCCUCCCUGCCUGCUCGCCUUGGGAGCUCGCUGCAGAGUGUGUGAUAAAUCACCCUGCAUUUGAAGAGCCACAGAACAGAAGUAUAACACUCCCUCUUUGCGCUCGGCCUAACAUCACCAUCAACUCCCACAAUGAGUGGAAAGACGGUGAAGAGUACACAAGGGUGAACUGCACUGUGGACAGCGUUGCCCCUGCAGCAACCAUAACCUGGAAUUUUGGAAACAGUAACAACAACAUCAGUCAUCAGUCAGAGACUGAAGUUCGGGCCGAUGGUUUGGUAUCGACUCGUAGUUCUGUGCACUUCUUGACGUCUUUGUAUUCUGGUCAGAAUUUGACCUGCACAGUAGAACAUUCAUCCCUGGAAGAACCAGAAGAGAGAACGAUCCACAUUCUCGUUCGCAAAACCCAUCUGCUGAAUGUGUCUGUGGAAAGACAGCAGGACUCGCCCCUCUGGCUGGCAGUGUGUCAUUGCAGAGGGGAGGCUGUUGGAACAAACCUUGCCUGGGUUCUUCCCGAAAAUGCCAAAAGUCAAACAUCCCUGCAGUCAGAGUAUGAAGGCCAAGUCCUGACAGCCAGGCUGACUUAUCAGUUCCCUCUGGCCCGUCAUGAGGGACAAAACCUGACCUGUGUGUAUCGUUUCGACCAUGGGACCACAGAGGAGACUGUUCAUAUCCCCAGAUACUACAUCUCCUCUGUGAGAGUCCUAAACCGCACGACUCCUCUGCAAACGCGCUACAGUGGUGAACAGAUCACACACAGGCUGACUCUCCAGGAAAAUCUUUGCAACCAGAAAGUACUGCUCCGAGUCGAAGGCAACGUGCCAGACUACAACCUCAACUGUAAAAGGAGUGAUGGCUCAUUUGUCCAAACGGAAGGGGUUGCUAUGGUCUUCCGGUCAGAGGUCACAGAGUGGGACGAAGGCCUGUACACGUGCCAGGCGUCCUUCUAUCACCACACAGCCACAGUCAACAUUCAAGUGGAGGUCAUGAGCGAGGAGAAGCUGUUUUUAAUGGUGACCAUGAUCAGCACUUCAUCGGCUUUUGCCAUCCUGCUCAUCCUUGUCAUUGUUCUCUGGGUGUUCUGUAAAGUAAAUGGCAGGACACAACACAAGAAGCGGGAGUCUCUCUCAGGACUGACAGCUCUGAUGCAAGAGCCCUCCUCUCCUGAGGUGAAGAAGCCACCAGUGCUGGCAGACAACAGUGAGGAGUACGCAAAGCUGGUCUCUUACUCCAUAGUCAUUGAUAUCAAGAGUACAGUGUGAAGACAGAAGUUGUUUUGUGGGGCCUUUUUUUUUUUUUUUUUUACAUAUUCAGCUUUACAUUAUACACAAAGCAUUGCAAGCAGCAUUGUGUGUUAUUUCAUCAUUUGUGGAAGGAGUGAAAUGUGAAAGAGUCCUCUGUUUACGUAGUGAACUGUUGUUUCUAUAAUUUUGACUGAUUGGCAUUAAUGAUUUUAAAUGCAUUACUUCUGCACUUUCAUCUUACUUGAAUUUUGUACUGUAUGCACAUUGUGUUUUCCAUUAUUUGUCAGUAAAGUCGUGAAUAAAUCAAUAUAAUUUUUUUCUCCAA